UACGUAUUGCGUGGUGACGCCGUACGUACGUUUUUGACGGGGUCGAAGGGAAAGGAAGGAGCGUCGGGGCCUAUCGUUCAACAUGAAGGAGGAGACGUCAAAAUAGGAAGAAUUGAGAAUUUAUAGAAAAGGCGCGAUAAGGUGCGGGCAGCGGGUUUUCCUGUCCGGGAUAUUCAUCAUUAACCUGGUGCAGCAUAUUCCUUUACGCAAUGGAGCUACCAAACUACAGCCGACAGCUCCUACAGCAGAUCUACACCUUGUGUAAAGAGCAGCAGUUUUGCGAUUGCACAAUAUUCGUUGGCUCCUUACACUUCCGAGCCCACAAACUCAUUCUUUCUGCCGCCAGUUUGCUCUUUAAGUCCCUGUUGGAAACUACUGAAACCAUCUCCAUAGACGCCUCUGUUGUCUCCACCGACGAGUUCUCUCUGCUCCUAGAGAUUAUGUACUCAGGAAAAUUACCCCCGGGGAAGCACAACUUGACCAAAAUUAUCUCCGUGGCCGACAGCCUUCAGAUGUUUGACGUGGCUGUAAGCUGUAAGAACCUCCUGACUGAACUAAUGAGUCACUCCACCCAGAAAAAAGAAGUCCCGAUCCAGCCAUUAACCUUUGUAAAAGCUGAUAUCAAGCCAGUCAUCCCUAGGAGUAAUGUAGUGAGUGAAACCAUCGCCAUUGAAAAGGUGUUGUCUCCCAUGAGUGCGGCAGCUUCUUCUGUCCUGUCCGCUUCAGAGCAACAACAAACUAAUAAAACUCUAAACCCCACGUUAUGUACCAAAAAAUUGGACUCUAAUGGCAAUCUGCAGCCUGCAAACCCGACUUUACCCGACGGAUCUACAGAGCAAAGUUCACAUAGUCCUAAGAUUGCUGAAACAAAGGAGGAAAACGUCACAGGGUCUUCUAGUGCCGAAAGAACACUAACCUCAGCACCAGUUUUGAAGAAAUCUGAUAAAGCUUCUAGUCCUCCAAAAACUGGAAGCACAAUGUGUGUCCCUCCGAUAGAGAUCUGUCCUCAGCAAAAGCUGUCAGAACAAGAAGUGGCUCAUAAAGGGAUGGAUUCUAACUCUGAAAGAGCAAAUGCUGAAGCCACAUCCUGCAAUACAGCACAAGAUGGUGAAUCGGCUGGAGCAGAGGAGACUGCAGAGCCUGCUGCCAAGAAAAGAAGACUUGAUGAAUCUGAACCUGAGAAAACUUCGGGUGAGUUGGAUUUUCUUAUCCGUUAUGAAAGUAUCUUCAGCGAGGCUCUGUCAGACCCCCAGAGUGUCCUAGAAAACCUCAACAAGUGUCAAGAAAUCAAUGAGGCCGAGAAGCAGGCUGUGGUGGAAUGUUGUCAAGCUGAAGAAGGGAGCUCAACAUUUGCAAAACUCCUAGAAAAGGUUAAAGAUGGGCAGAGCAUUGUUGUAGAGACUGUCCUGGCUUUACUCAAGUUGUGCAGAGACACCAAUCCGAGUGUAAAUGAAGCCUUACGUGAGAAGGAGCCGCAGGAGAAGGACUCGGCAGAGGAAGAAUCAGAGGAGACUGAGCUGGCAGAAAAAGGAAAAACCUUGUUUGAUCUCCUGAUGGAACGCAGAGAAGAGCUGAUACAGUGUAUAACCGAGCUCAGCCCCAUCAUCGAGUGUCUGGAUACCGCAGAGGAGGGCUUUCUUACCAACAUCGAGAAAAAGGUGAUCACGGACUGCUGUGAAGGUGCGUCACACAAGGAAGCCAUGGAUAAACUCUUGAGGAAAGCAUCGGAUACCAAAACCUUGAGCCCUGAUAGUCUGAUCAAACUUCUGCAAGCCGUGAGAGAAGCCUUCCCCGAUCUGCACGCUUUGCUUGAUAUUCUUGAGCCGCACAGUAAAAAAGCCACCUUUAAAGGAAAGAUGAGCAUGGGAGAUUACGGAGCAGAAUUGCUAAGGCAAUACCAGGAAAACCUGUCUGAGGUUGUGCAUGAUGCCGACUUGGUUCUCGGCGGUCUGUCAUCAGCAACUAACCUAACAGAUCAUGAAAGAGAGGUAAUGGAAAGUAUUGUGAGAAAAAACUGCAGUUCUCGUAUCUUCAACAUACUGGCAUCUUGUGUGUUUGAAGAGCAAACCUUAGCGGUGGUGGCCGUCUGGCAGCUGCUGUUAGCAAUGCAAGAGUUAAGCCCGUCCGUGAAGUCUCUGAUGGACGAGAUCCGUAAAGAACCAGGAGCCGAUAUCUUCUUCCAGAGUGUGAUGAACAGGGAGAAUGAAGUGGCUGAGAUUUUGGAGCUCCACAGCGAGUCAAUUGCACAAGCGUUCAGACACUGCGAUGUCCUCAGCUUGGUGUCACCCCAGGAUGAAGCACUCAGCAACUUGGUUAAACAGAUGUUAAACAUUCCCCAGCAGAAUGAUAGUAGGGAUUUGCCUGCAAAGCUGCUCUUGAGUUCUGCUCUGCAGCACACUGUUCCAGUCUUAAAGUUCUGCCAACUGCUGUGUAACCUCCAAGACUCUGCCCCAGACUUACAGCCAUUAAUGAAAGAGCUGGAAGAACUCGGUUUACUAGUGGAUGGAAAAUGCAAUUUCCAGAGCGCCCUCAAGUGGUCUGAAAACAACGAAUGCCAGCUCGACUUUAUCGAAGAGGUUGGCGACAGGAACGAGGAAGACGAUGAUGCGAAAGAUGAUGAAAACGAAGACGUGGAUUCUGAGAAGGAGAGAGCAGAACUCUCCCAAGAAAAGGGCUCCAAAAAGAACUUUAUCUGCAAAUCCUGUGACAAGAUCUUCCUGUUCCGCUGCCGGCUGGAGGUGCACAUGAAACGCUGCCGAAUGGCAAAGAGAAAUCCCCUGCAAUGCAAAGACUGCAAUGUGGUGCAGGCCUCAAAGAAGGAGCUGGAUCAGCACCGAGAGGAAGUGCAUGGCUACCUGAUCUCUCGGAAUAGUAAAGGGAAAAAGAAAAUGCUGGUGACGUGUGACAUCUGCGGCAAAGAGUUUGCUCAUCCAUCAGGACUGCAGUACCAUAAACGGACGGAGCAUUUCGAUGAGAAGCCGUUCUCCUGUGAAGAGUGUGGCGCUAAGUUUGCGGCAAACUCCACCCUGAAGAAUCAUCAGCGGCUGCAUACGGGGGAGCGCCCCUUUGUGUGCAAACACUGUCACAUGACCUUUACCCAGGCGGCUGCACUCUCCUACCACACCAAAAAGAAGCACUCUGAAGGUAAAAUGUACGUGUGCCAAUAUUGCGAUGCUGUAUUUGCACAAUCUAUUGAGCUGACUAGACACGUGAGGACUCACACAGGGGACAAGCCGUAUGUCUGCCGAGAAUGUGGGAAAGGUUUCAGCCAAGCUAAUGGCCUUAGUAUACAUCUGCGGACAUUUCAUAAUAUUGAAGACCCCUAUGACUGUCAGAAGUGCAGAAUGAGUUUUCCUACAUUAGAAGAAAACAGACAGCACAUUCAGGUUGUACAUUCCAAGGAAUACCACCCCUGCCCUUCCUGCGAGAAGAUCUUUAGCGCCCCUUCUCUGCUAGAGCGCCACAUAGUCACCCAUGUAGGAGGAAAGCCAUACAACUGUGAGAUCUGUGACAAGGCAUACCAGCAACUAUCAGGCCUGUGGUACCACAACCGCACUCAUCAUCCCGAUCUGUUCGCCGCUCAGAAUCAUCGUUCUUCCAAGUUCUCUUCGGCUCAGUGCGGCUCCUGUGAACAGGUCUUCUCUAACACGUCUACACUUCAGAAGCACACAAAGCUAGAACAUCCCGACAGUAAGAGUUAUGAAUGUGAGAAAUGUAAGCAGACAUACCCAUCCUCGGCCGCACUGCAAGUUCACGUCAAGUGCAAGCACUCAGGGACCCAGCCAUUCCAGUGUCUUUACUGCAGCGAGUGUUUCCAGUUCCCGGGCGCCCUGCAGCACCACGUAUCCACGGACCACUUCAAUGAGACUGAGAACACAUUUGGGUGUGACCUAUGUGGGGAGCUCUUCACGUCGCAGACUCAGCUAGAGAAGCACUACGAGACGGAUCAUCCCGACAUAGUACUGGCUGAAGCCCAGGCAGCAAAUACUCAAGUUGUUCAGGUUAUCCAAGCGCAGGAACAAGUAUCUACAGGAGAGCAAGUAAUAACCUUGGACGAGUCACAAUUGGCGGGAUCUCAAGUGAUCGUCGCAUUACCGGACACGCAGAGCAGCCAAGCAGCAGGCACAGAGCUGGUGGCCGUCAGCAUGGAGGAUUUAUUUGACGGAACGGUCACUCUUAUAUGCGGAGACGCUGUUCCAGGAGUGACGCAGAGAACUCAAAGCUAACAUUGACUUUGCCUUAACCUUGAAUAAAUCCCUAGGGAUCGAUGGCUUUUAUUUUUACCACUUGCAAGGUUCAUGUGUUCAUUUCAUGAUUAUUUUUUUUCACGUUUUUUUACACACACGGCCUGUGCGCCUCAGUUCUUAUUUAUUUUGUCUCCUUUUGCGCACCUCCUUGCCGCUGGAUCCAUUCCUGUUUACUGACUAGAUAUUGUCCCUUUCGGGAAGCACGGCCAAGCUUAAAAAUGAAUCGCAGAAGUUGUAUACCGUCUGUUGUGAGAUUACAGGGAUAGCGGAAGAAACCUCCAUGCUCUUUUUUUACGUGACUGGAGACAACGAAUAACGUUCCAAGGAUGUAUCGUUUCUGUUAUUUAAUUGCUCUCUUUACUUUUGAAACUAUCUUGUGUUGUUUAGAAAGAGGUUAAAGAGCAACUCUGGUACUUAAAAACUCCUGUGGAUAGGGGAGAAGUGUCUGAUCGCGGGGGUCCUAUGAUCUUUUGCCCAGUGCCCCGGCUCGCCCCACUGUCACACCCCUUUUAUGCAUCUCUAUGAGGAGAGCCAAAGAUAUAGCGCUCGUGUAUCUCUGACUCUCCCAUAGAGAUACAUGGAGGGGGCGUGUCUACCACUGCAUCAUGCCGUGGCCACUCUGUGCAUGGGGAGAGCCAGGGUGCCAGGCAGUAAAUCGUGGGGGCCCCAGGAGUUUUAAUGUCUUACAGCAGGGGGAUGCACAGCCACUGCCUGAUGCUCCUUAAAGGGAAUCAGUUUCCUGUUUUAUGCUAUUCGAACCAUGGGCAGCAAGAAACGGUCAGGGAGCGGGGUCCCCAAACAAUAUUACUUAGAAAUGCCUGGAUGUUUAA